AUGUAUAAAUGCAGGUAUCAGACAAAGGUCUCGAGAUGUGAGUGGCUGGGAGAAUCAGCCGAGGGUCUAGGGAUCCCAGUAGAUGGGGGUCGGAGAGAAUCAGCCGAGGGUCUAGGGAUCCCAGUAGAUGGGGGUCGGGGAGAAUCAGCCGAGGGUCAAGGGAUCCCAGUAGAUGGGGGUCGGAGAGAAUCAGCCGAGGGUCGAGGGAUCCCAGUAGAUGGGGGUCGGAGAGAAUCAGCCGGUGGUCAAGGGAUCCCAGUAGAUGGGGGUCGGGGAGAAUCAGCCGGUGGUCAAGGGAUCCCAGUAGAUGGGGGUCGGAGAGAAUCAGCCGAGGGUCAAGGGAUCCCAGUAGAUGGGGGUCGGAGAGAAUCAGCCGAGGGUCAAGGGAUCCCAGUAGAUGGGGGUCGGGGAGAAUCAGCCGGUGGUCAAGGGGUCCCAGUAGAUGGGGGUCGGGGAGAAUCAGCCGGUGGUCAAGGGAUCCCAGUAGAUGGGGGUCGGGGAGAAUCAGCCGGUGGUCAAGGGAUCCCAGUAGAUGGGGGUCGGGGAGAAUCAGCCGAGGGUCAAGGGAUCCCAGUAGAUGGGGGUCGGGGAGAAUCAGCCGGUGGUCUAGGGAUCCCAGUAGAUGGGGGUCGGAGAGAAUCAGCCGGUGGUCAAGGGAUCCCAGUAGAUGGGGGUCGGGGAGAAUCAGCCGAGGGUCAAGGGAUCCCAGUAGAUGGGGGUCGGAGAGAAUCAGCCGGUGGUCAAGGGAUCCCAGUAGAUAGGGGUCGGAGAGAAUCAGCCGGUGGUCAAGGGAUCCCAGUAGAUGGGGGUCGGGGAGAAUCAGCCGGUGGUCUAGGGAUCCCAGUAGAUGGGGGUCGGGGAGAAUCAGCCGGUGGUCAAGGGAUCCCAGUAGAUGGGGGUCGGAGAGAAUCAGCCGGUGGUCAAGGGAUCCCAGUAGAUGGGGGUCGGGGAGAAUCAGCCGGUGGUCAAGGGAUCCGAGUAGAUGGGGGUCGGGGAGAAUCAGCCGAGGGUCAAGGGAUCCCAGUAGAUGGGGGUCGGAGAGAAUCAGCCGAGGGUCAAGGGAUCCCAGGAGAUGGGGAUCGGAGAGAAUCAGCCGGUGGUCAAGGGAUUCCAGUAGAUGGGGAUCGGAGAGAAUCAGCCGGUGGUCAAGGGAUCCCAGUAGAUGGGGGUCGGGGAGAAUCAGCCGGUGGUCUAGGGAUCCCAGUAGAUGGGAAUCGGAGAGAAUCAGCCGGUGGUCAAGGGAUCCCAGUAGAUGGGGGUCGGAGAGAAUCAGCCGAGGGUCUAGUGAUCCCAGUAGAUGGGGGUCGGGGAGAAUCAGCCGGUGGUCAAGGGAUCCCAGUAGAUGGGGGUCGGGGAGAAUCAGCCGAGGGUCAAGGGAUCCCAGUAGAUGGGGGUCCGGGAGAAUCAGCCGAGUGUCUAGUGAUCCCAGUAGAUGGGAGUCGGGGAGAAUCAGCCGAGGGUCAAGGGAUCCCAGUAGAUGGGAGUCGGGGAGAAUCAGCCGAGGGUCUAGUGAUCCCAGUAGAUGGGGGUCGGAGAGAAUCAGCCGGUGGUCAAGGGAUCCCAGUAGAUGGGGGUCGGGGAGAAUCAGCCGGUGGUCAAGGGAUCCCAGUAGAUGGGGGUCGGGGAGAAUCAGCCGAGGGUCAAGGGAUCCCAGUAGAUGGGGGUCGGAGAGAAUCAGCCGAGGGUCAAGGGAUCCCAGGAGAUGGGGAUCGGAGAGAAUCAGCCGGUGGUCAAGGGAUUCCAGUAGAUGGGGAUCGGAGAGAAUCAGCCGGUGGUCAAGGGAUCCCAGUAGAUGGGGGUCGGGGAGAAUCAGCCGGUGGUCUAGGGAUCCCAGUAGAUGGGAAUCGGAGAGAAUCAGCCGGUGGUCAAGGGAUCCCAGUAGAUGGGGGUCGGAGAGAAUCAGCCGAGGGUCUAGUGAUCCCAGUAGAUGGGGGUCGGGGAGAAUCAGCCGGUGGUCAAGGGAUCCCAGUAGAUGGGGGUCGGGGAGAAUCAGCCGAGGGUCAAGGGAUCCCAGUAGAUGGGGGUCCGGGAGAAUCAGCCGAGUGUCUAGUGAUCCCAGUAGAUGGGAGUCGGGGAGAAUCAGCCGAGGGUCUAGUGAUCCCAGUAGAUUGGGGUCGGGGAGAAUCAGCCGGGGGUCAAGGGAUCCCAGUAGAUGGGGGUCGGAGAGAAUCAGACAAAGGUUUCGAGAUGCGAGCACCCGGGUGCCGUCAAGAAUCAGACUGGGGUCUCGAGAUGCCACGCUGUAUAUAA